UGAGAGGAGAAGAGCCGUCAGUCUGCCUGAUGAAUGCCGAAACAUUUUUGUGACCUACUCAGAGGAUGCAGCCUCGGAGAUGGUCCCCUUUGUGGAAUUCCUCACUAAGCAUGGUUUUCGACCGGCAAUUGAUCUAAUGGACAAUCCCAUCAGACGCAUGGACAUCAUCAAGUGGAUGGACAGCUACCUAAAAGACCAAUCUGUGCUGAUUAUCAUCGCCAUCAGUCCCAAGUAUAAAGCAGACAUCGAAGGAUCUGGAGUGGACAAGCAUGGACUGCAUACCAAAUAUAUUUACUCUAUGAUGCAGAAUGAAUUCAUUCAUCAAGGCAGCUUGAAUUACAGAUUCAUACCUGUUCUCUUCCAUGAUGCAACCCAGAAGCACGUCCCAGGUUGGCUUCAGAACACACGAGUGUACCGCUGGCUGCAGGACGCGGAGGAUUUGUUACUGCGGCUGCUGAGGGAGGAGAGAUUCGCGCCUCCUCCUGUCCCCAAGGAGCUCACCCUCAUCAUCAGGCCUGUGGCUCCCAGCGCUGCAGCUACACUCUGA